AGUUUAAGCUGAACAUGUUUAUAUGUAAAUUAUAUUUGGAGUCAAAUUCAUAGUAAUUUAUAACAUGUUUCCACAACAUAAAAAGUGUCUAUUUGAAAUUAAUUGAUGAGCCUAGUGAGGGAUGUAUUAAAACAGCACACUAGAGGGCGCAAAACGCCUCACACACAAAACAUGAUAGCUCUCACAUAAGAACUAAAAGUCUAAGGUAUGAACAUUGACUGGAGAAAAGCAUUGUCCCAAAGUAAUCUAGAUCAGUGGCUCCUAAGUUGGAGGUCCGGAGUCGGGACAACAAGGUGGCUUCACAAGACUGCAGGUCUUCCCACACAAUUGUGUCUUUGCUGAGGUUGUGAGGUCAAUGAUAUUUUAUUUUGAAGAUUACAUUGAAAUUCCAAUAAUACAUCCUACAGUAUUAUCAGAGUAGUUACCUUGGCAACACUUGCUUGUUACAUGUGUGCAGAACAAACCACCCAUUGCUUUCUGAAAUACUUUUAUGAAGCCAAAUGGGCAGUUUCCUCCACCGCCAUCUUGGCCAUGUCACUGGUCUCAUCCCACCCAGACAAUCCAAAAAUGGGAAGAGAGGGUGGAAGCAAAAGAUCGACACCCAUAAAUUCUGAACAGAUGUAGCUACAAGCUAACAUGGAGCUGGGAGUUAACCAUAGACUGUUAAAAUACAAGCACCGUAGCGGAUCUGAUUUGGGCGCCCCGGCCGCAUACUCUGCUCCUCUGCGGCAGUCAGACAUCAGCUAAAAAUUAGCUACAAGCUAACUCGAAACUACACACAGCUUGAAGCCAACAGGGCUAGCUACGUGACGCUGAGCUGUCGUUGUUUGUUGAAGCUGAGAAUAAAUAAAGAAUGAAAAACAAACUGAUUCUUCACCCUUAAAACUUCACAGUAUUCAUAAUGUUAUAAUGCUGCUCAGAGAUGGCCACAAGUGAUGUGUCGGUCGCGAACGAACCGGCUCUAAGAGCCGGCUCUAUGAAGUGAACGAUGGGAGCCGGCUCGUCAUUGGGAGCUGUCACCCUCCCUCCCCUCCCCCUCUUGACCCCCAAGGUCAACGUGUGAAACUGUGUGUCCAGACUGUCCACACACAGCAGUAGGGGCGGGGAAGAGGGAGGAUCAGACUCAGACAGACACACAGCAGAGCACAUGCGGUGGAGGGAGACGAGAGGGAAUGAGGAGGAGGAAAAGGGCGAGCGAGGGACAGGAAAGUGCGACGAAGACGGUGAGAAAAUGAGCGACAGCAGUCGGAAAGUUGAGAUUUCUUAAAGUGUUCAGUAAAUAAAUCCAUAUAAAUGAUAAGUAUUUGAUAUGUAGCAUUUUUUACAUGAGUAAAUCAUUUUACAUAUAGUUAUGUCUUAUUUUUGGUGAUAAAUAUACUUUACGCAACAGAAAAUCUGAGGAGCCACUUGGGAGCCAAAAGAAUCGGCUCUCUAAAAAGAGCCGUAAUUCCCAUCACUAAUGGCCACCAUUCACUGCUGGUGUAAAUAUCCUCUAGAGUUGGACUAGCCGCUCUUUGCAGCAUCUUCUCAGCCUCAGAGCAGAUCCCAGACCAGCAGUGGAAGACGUCAGCACACAUUCCACCACCAGAAAUCUACACACCAACACUGAUACCAGCCUCUCCAGUCUCUUUUUCAGCAUUAAACAUAUUAUCUUCCCUUUCUGUUUAUAUUUACGUGAUUCUUGUUACAGAAAACCUUUGAACUUUUUUACUGCAUGCAUCCUUCUGUUAUGUGUUUUUCACUUCAGACUAACUCUUUGAGGUCACCGCUCUGGCCUUGACGUCAUUAAAGGAUUACUCUUGGGUCAUUCCUUCCCCCUGCAGCAGCUCUGCGCUCCCCGGAUGCUGCAGUUAGAAGUGGGUCAGCUCAGCAUUAGGGGUUGGGAAGGUUGUAGUUAAUCAGGUUGUCUCUCUGCAUGUAGCUGUUUCUUUCAACCUACAGAAGAAAGAGCUGCUAGGGCACAGCGAAAAGGACCUGGCAGCUUUCUGACGGAGUACCAUGGCAGAGGCCUUGGAUCUCAGCUCCACAGAGGACGAUCUCCGUUGGAAACCCUCCAGUCGACACAGCAGGAAGUCCGGGUCCUCGAACAUCUUCUCAGGGGUGAACCUGCAUCAGCUGCACAAGCUGUUCAGGACAGCAGGGGACAGAAACGCUGAACAUCGGGCCAAGCUGGUGUGGCAAGAGAUGGAAACAGACGUGGAGAGGGCAGAGGAAGAGAAGGAGCAGGAAGGAGAGGACGAAGCUGGGUUGGCCCAGGCCUUGGUGGGGCUGAGAGUUCGAGCAAGGAACAAGACAGGAAUAAGAACGGAGGGACACGGGGACCACAAGUGGCUCAGAGGACCUGGGUGUCUCCGGGUUGAGGAGCCAUUAGCUGCCCUCAGCGCUGAGGACGAUGAGGCUAACCUGACACCAGCAUUUGAGCUGCCGGCUUCGGACGACAUCCAAGAAAACCCUAACCCCUUUAAACCAGCUCCAUGGCGGAUGGGAGUCAGGCUGGAGAGCACCAGAGACUCUGAGCGCUACCUACACCGCAUCCUCCACUGAAAAUCACACACAUGCAGGGAACAUAAACCCUCACAGGACUGAAUUUGCAUCAAAAACAUUUCAUAAUCCUGCUUUCAGGUUCUGCUUUCAUGCACUGCACUCUGUAGACAAGAUUUUCUAUAAGAAUGCAAAAAUACAAGUAUAAAUAUAAUUCAUACUGUACGUAUGAAAAUCAGUUGUGUUGGUAUAUCUGGUCAAACCUGCAAGAAUUACAUCAAAUCAGUUGUGUUUUAUAGAAAAUAUUGUGUGGCCAUAAUAAUGGCUUACUCAUAAAUGUAUUGAUGAUUCUGAUCAUGUGUCUUUAUACCGAUAUUAGCUGUAAAUUUCGAGUUACUGCAACAGUAAAUAACCUUAAUGAUCUGUAAUGAAAGCAGCUGGACUUUGUCUCUUGGCUCUUAGUUUUGUUCUGCUUAUCAGAAAUGCAUCUUGACUUCUGACUGGAGAGUCCCAGGCCCACAGAUGAGACCGUCAUCCUUUGACCCAUUUAGUUGACCAUUAAACUGAAGUGAUGUGGCUGUAGAGUCAUCCUGACUCAUUUCUGAGAGGAACUUUGCCACGACUUGUGUGAUUAUGCAACAUUUAAAAAAAAUGAAGUCAGUGACUGAAGGUGAGCUGGUUGCUUCUCUGUUUUUAAUAAUGACUCUUUAAAAAGAUUAUUAAUAAUAAAACCAUAAACAGGUGUGAAUAGUUAUAACAUAUUAACGCUGUGGCACCAAAAUAAAGCAUUACAAAGUAAAAUCUGUCUUAAUUGCCAUGAUUUUUUUAAAUAAUAACACUAACAUUUAUGUCAGUGUUUAACAGGAAGUUAGAGGUAACUGUUGGUAUUUUGGGUGCUGGACAAGUGACAUAAAAAGACCAACUUUACUCGUUUGUUCAACACAAUAGCAGUGGUCUCUAGUAUUAAUGCUCAGAGUCGAUCUUCGUUGGGAAAAAGCUCUUGCGCUCCUGUUUCAGGAACAGAGGUGAACUGAAAAUUUGGAGUCUUAUUUCUAGAUAUUUGGACAUCUUGUCUCUGAUUGGCUGACAGCAACACAACUCUACCACUGACUGUUUCCUUUGCGACAUUGAUGUUUUAUCUCCACAAAUAACACAAUCCUGGAGGAG